AUGAGUGAAAAAGUGAGAGCACACUUAUACCAGUACUUGGUCACUAUUGCUAGUUCAAAAUCCAAGCUUGACUACGAAGAUUGCUUUGUUUUGGGUCUUAUAAUGGCCAAAUUCAAUAAAAAUGCAGAAACUCUAAAUGAGUUGGUGAUUUAAAUGCAUGAACAAAAAAAGAAACUAAGAGGGACUUUUGUUAAGGAAGAUUAGAAAUUUGAGUACAGAUUAAAUGUGUACCUCUAGAAUACAUAAUAAGAUAAAAUAUCCCAUAAUUCCUCUCAAAGCAGUGAGACAUACCAGCUCCAAAGCAAAAAAAGAAAGCUAAAUGAGCUAAAUGAGAAUUAGUCAAAACCUGAGUAGCAUGAUCAAUACAUCAAUCUUCCAAUAAAACCCCUCAUCAAUCUGCCUUUUCAAAAUAAAGCAAUGUAAUUGAAAGUCUCAGAUGCUGAUAUCGUAAUUGAGGAAGAAGAUGAUGAUGAUGUACCAAAUUUUGGAAUAAAUGCUAAUCAUAAUGGAACAGGCGACUCCUACUCCCAGGACAAUGGUAACAACAAAUACAAAUUCAGAGGUCAUUAUGGUAAUAACUAACAUAAUAGAAACUCUAAUAAUAAUGGCGGUGGUGCUAGUGGCUUAGGAUUCAUCUCAGAUUCAGAUAAUCUAGAAAAGAUAUCUGAUUUAAAUAGAGCCAUUGAGUCCUUAGAUAAUACUCAAUUCAGGAAUAGUAUCAAGGCCGGGUCAGGGAAUUCUGAUCAGAACGAGCUGUCCUAAGAGUUACCAGUCAACAAAUAUAAUCACCACUAACCCUCAUCUUUUACCCCUGAAAAGGCUAAAAGAUAUGAAAACGAUAUUAGAAUGAGAGAUGGAGUUAAUGAUCAUGAUAUUGAAUUCGAAGAUGAAGAUGAUGAAGUGCUUGAGGAUUAAGAUAUUCUAGAUGCUCACAUAAAAAGUGAAGAGUUAAAACUUAGCAAAGAGUUCACUUUCAAUUAAGACAGACUCACUUCACAAUAGUAGCAUAAUUAAUAACCGUAAGGGUCAAAAGAUGCUGAUAAAAAGAUUAUAGUAAAGUAGCAGUAGAAUUAAUUGUUAGAUAUGUCUUAUGCGGAUGAGGAGGAUGAGUUUCUGGAUCUACUUAAUGAGGAAAAAUUCUUUGAAAAUAAAAUGGCUGAGCAAGAAAAGCGAGAUUAGGAAUUAGCCAGAAUUGGCACUUCAUCCUAGGAUUCAGAGACUCAACGCCUUAUAAAGCAGCUACAGAAGGAAGAUGACGAGGCAAAGCGCAACGAAAGAUAAAAUAUAGAUCAGGAGGAUAAUAAUUUAACUUGUGCUGUAUGUCUUGAUGAUAUAGUCGAUGAUAACAUUCUACCACUGACCAGUUGCGAUCAUUUUUACCAUAAAGAAUGUCUAGAAUCAUACUUCAGAGUUGAGAUUCAAGACAGAAGAUUCCCCAUUAAAUGUCCUUAAGAUAAUUGUGGGAAAGAGAUAGAAAUUAUGGAUAUUCAGGAUGUGCUUGCUGAAGAUGAUUUGAAGAAAUUUGAUGAGUACAACUUCAGCAAGAUUGUAGAUCAAUAAGAAGAUUUAUCUUGGUGUCCAACACCUGAUUGUGGCUAUGCCUUCUUCUUUGAGGAAGGAAAUUAUGAGCAUGAUUGUCCAAAAUGUGGAAUAUCAUAUUGCUUAAAUUGUAGAGUGGUGUUUCAUAAAAAGCUGACCUGCGAAAAAUAUUAAACGUAAACUAAAAAUAAGGAUUAAGAGAGAUUAAACGAAGAAAAGUUUAUGCAAUUUGUUAAAGGAGCCAAAUUCAAGCAAUGCCCAAAAUGCAAAUUCUGGGUAGAAAAAAACGAUGGCUGUGACCAUAUGACUUGUAGAUGUAAAAAGCAAUUCUGCUAUAAAUGCGGAGGUAAUUACCCUAAGUGCGAGUGCUAUGUUAAGCAGAUGGAACUUAAUCGUAAGAGGUAAGAAUUGUUGGAAAAAAGAAGAUAGGCAGCAGCUAGAAGAAAAAAAGAAAGUAAAUCUAAAACUAAGCCAAAUAACAGGGGAAGAAGCCGAGGUGGAAGAAGAUGA